AUGAGCCACCUCACUCCAAAGGAAAAUGAAAAGUUGAUUAGUCUCGUAGGUCAAAGAUGUACGGUUACGGGGAAAAUUAAUGGGAAAACGGUAGAAGUUUUAUGGGACACAGGAGCCCAAGUAUCUAUUGUUUCAGCCAAGUUUUUAAAAGAGAAUUUUCCAAACUGUACUAUUAAAGACGUGAGUGAACUGUUAAAUUGUGACCUUACACUGACGGCAGCCAAUGGUAACACUAUCCCUUAUACAGGAUGGGUGGAGUUAAAUUUUCAAGUUGGGGAAUCUGAAUACGCAAUUCCUGUCCCAUUCCUAGUAACGAAUGAGAACUUAGAACUGCCUUUGGUAGGCUUUAACGUAAUUGAACAUUUAAUAAAGACAAAUAAAUUGAAUUGUGGUGUUAUUUCAUCUAACUUUGUUGGUAUGCAAGUCGCUCGUGCUUCCGCCCUGGUUGAACUGAUAAACACUGUUAACCAUAAUGAAUUGUGUCCCGUUAAAACCCGUAAGAAAGACGUCAUAAUACCGCCAGGACAAUCUGUGAAAUUAUCAUGUAGAGCGAACACUGGUCCACUGAGUAAACCAACCCCUAUUCUUUUUGAAGCUGACGAGAACGGUCAGUGGCCAUCGGGCUUGGAAGUAUCAGAUACAUUGCUUACGGUGAAGGGGGGCAAAUCUAGUAGAGUUGAAAUUGAAGUACGCAAUACGACAAGGCAUAAUAUUCAGCUUAGGGGUCGUACAGUUCUUGGUCGCCUCCAACUUGUUCAGUCAGUGGUCCCAAUAGAUGUCAAAUUAAAGGACAAUCCCUCUGACACUGUACUAUCCGAUAAAAACAAUGACUCAAGUGCUUGCAAGAGCAGCACAAUACAAGAUAAUUCACCAGUGAAUUUACCAGAACACCUGAAAGAUUUAGAUCUAGGCGGCUUGACGGAGGAACAGAGAAACCUGGCGUCAAAACUGCUGGUUGAACAAGCUGAUGCGUUUGCUAAGGACGAUGAUGACGUUGGUCAUAUCCCUAAUCUGCAAAUGAACAUUCGGCUCAAUGACACUAAACCUGUCCAAAAGAACUACGUUGCCGUGCCUCGCCCGCUCUACCCGGAGGUGAAGGCAUACAUUGAAGACCUCCUAAAUCGAAAUUUUAUUCGUAAGUCCAAUUCACCAUACAGCUCACCCGUAGUUUGUGUGAGGAAAAAAGACCAAACUUUAAGACUGUGUGUUGAUUAUCGCGAACUGAACAGGAAAACGCAGAUAGAUCGUCACCCCAUCCCGAGAAUUCAGGAAACUCUUGACAAUCUUGGAGGGAAUUCUUGGUUCUCCGUACUUGACCAAGGGAAAGCUUACCACCAAGGAUUUCUGAAACCCGAAAGUCAACCCCUCACAGCAUUCAUCACACCUUGGGGAUUAUACGAGUGGGUCCGCAUCCCAUUUGGCCUUUCCAACGCCCCAGCUUCUUUUCAGCGUUUUAUGGAGUCGUGUUUAGGUGACCUCCGAGAUGAAAUCUGCAUUCCAUAUCUUGAUGAUAUCAUAGUUUUCAGUUCUAAUUUUAACGACCAUAUUGAACACUUACGAAAAGUCUUUCAACGUCUUAAGGAACAUGGUGUUAAAUUAAAACCCAAAAAGUGCAAUAUGUUUAAGAGAGAAGUUGUUUUCCUGGGGCGAGUAGUCUCUGGCGAAGGGUACAAACUUGACCCCUCAACUAUUGCCCCAAUUUUACGCCUCAAAGCUACACCACCUAAGACAGUGAACGAAGUUCGAAAGUUAAUGGGAUUCUUGAACUAUUAUCGGCGGUAUAUUGCCAAUUUCUCAAGGAUUGCCAAGCCGAUUUACGAUCUCGUGAAGGUGUCGGAAAAUGACUCGAAGAACAAGCGUGGUAAACCAGUGGCUAACCAUCCAGUAUCGUGGACGUCGACUCAUCAAUCGGUGUUGGAAGAACUUAUCGACUGUCUUGUGAGAGCUCCAGUCAUGGCAUAUCCAGACCCUCACAGCCCAUAUGUCCUUCACACGGAUGCAUCAGAGAAUGGACUAGGAGCAGUACUUUACCAAGAGCAGGAUGAUGUCUUACGUGUUAUUGCUUACGGUUCACGAACCCUAACACCAGCAGAGAAAAACUACCACCUACAUUCUGGUAAACUAGAGUUCCUUGCGUUGAAGUGGGCUAUCUGUGAACAAUUUAGAGACUACCUGUAUUACUCUCCAAGUUUUGUCGUAUACACCGAUAACAAUCCGUUAACGUACGUCCUAUCAACUGCCAAACUGAAUGCAACUGGCUUUCGCUGGAUUGGAGAAUUAGCUGAUUUCAACUUUACAAUACGUUAUCGCCCUGGAAAGAUGAAUACCGACGCAGAUACUCUCUCUAGAUUACCUGAAAACAUGAGUGAAUACAUGGAUUCGUGCACUGCGGAAACCUGCCAAGACGAACUACGAGCCAUCGUCCAGUCGAUACAGUUGGAAGACAAAGGUAAAGUGACUUGGGUCUCAUCUCUCACCCAUGAUCCCACUGUAUUGCAUGGAGGUGAUCCACAACCAAUCGCUAGCAGUACUCCACAGUUCAACCUUAGUGACAUUCGACAAGCUCAGCUUAAAGAUAAUGUUAUUGGAAAAGUUUAUUCGUUUGUCGACAGAAAACAGCGACCAACUUCCUCCCAGAGAGCGGCAGAAUCACCCGAUACUAAACUCCUACUUCACGAAUGGCCAAAGCUGUUUAUUGAUAAAGACGGCGUUCUACGAAGACAGAGCAACUCACACGAUCAGAUUGUGCUUCCUAGACCAUACCAUCGAACAGUUCUACGUGAACUUCACGACAACAUGGCUCAUCUUGGAUCUGAGCGCGUCCUACGCUUGGCUCGAGAUCGGUUCUACUGGCCUAGGAUGCAGAGUGAUGUGGAGCACUACGUACGGAAUAUCUGUCGCUGUGUUAAGCAAAGACCACCAAGAUUGAAGACGAGAGCACCAUUACAACCUGUUAUCACUACCGCCCCCUUCGAGAUGGUUUCUAUCGAUUUCGUCCACCUUGAAAAGUCCAGUGGAGGGUACGAGUAUAUCCUUGUGAUUGUUGAUCACUUCACCAGGUAUGCACAAGCCUACCCGACCCGAAACAAAGCGGCAAAGACUGUGGCUGAAAAGUUGUACAACGACUACAUCCUUCGCUUUGGGUUUCCAGCCAAAAUCCAUCAUGAUCAAGGUGGAGAAUUCGAGAACAAACUGCUCAAAACCCUGGAAGAAUUUUGCGGCAUUGGUCAUUGUCGUACCACACCUUAUCACCCUCAAGGAAACGGACAGGUAGAACGGUUUAACAGAACACUCCUAGAUAUGCUUCGAACCCUUCCCGAAAACGAGAAAUCACGUUGGAAAGAUCACGUUAGCAAAGUGGUGCAUGCAUACAACUGUACUCGCAAUGACACUACUGGAUUCUCCCCCUUUUAUUUACUCUUUGGGCGACACCCCCGCUUACCCAUUGACCUCAUUUUCCAAACCCAAACACCAUCAACAAAACAGGAAUACCCCCAGUAUGUAAAACAUUGGAGAGCUGCAAUGGACGAAGCGUAUAGCAUGGCUCAGGACAAGAUAAAGGAGAAAGGUAUCAAAGCGAAACGCUCAUAUGAUCGAUGGGUUCGCAGUUCUGUACUAGAACCAGGAGAUCGUGUGUUGGUGCGUAAUCUUACCGAACGUGGUGGUCCUGGCAAGCUGAGGUCAUUUUGGGAGAAUGACAUCUACGUAGUGGUAAAUCGGAAGGGCCCGGAGAGCCCAGUGUACGAAACGAAGCGUGAGAACGGUAAGGGAAAGAAUAGGGUUCUACACCGAAAUUUACUUCUCCCUUGUGAUCAUUUACCCGCGGAAAACCCACAACCACCUACACCAAAACCACCCCCAGCAACCCUACGACACCAAAACAGACAACCACCCAGAAACGUUACAGCGCAGGAUGAGGAAACCUCCAGCGACGAAGAAUUCUCUGAUGUGGUAAUGGUCUCCCUACCUCGAGAAACGCGUUCUGCCCAAUCCCGAAACCCGCCACCAACAGACGAGGCAGUUCCUGAUCAAAGUGAUAACCUGGCUGUGGACGACAAUUUAGAGACCCUUGAAUUGCAACCCCCUACCGAGACCGAAGAAACAUUAGACCUCAGCGGUGAUCAGGAUAACCUAAACCCUGUUCAUGAUAUCCCCACCAUACCUGUAGUUGAAAAUCCGAGACCACAGCGAGUACGGCACCCACCUGAUCGGCUAACCUACUACAACCCUGGUGAGACAGACCCGUUUAGAGUAUUCCCCAUUUCAGCUACAGUUCCACCCAAUGUAUGGCAACCCCUUCAGCAACCCAACCAAUCCAACUUCUUCCUAAAUCCCCCAUUUCCCUGCCUUGCAUCCCAAAAUCCUUUUCCUUACCCCCCUCCUUUCCCUGGACCUCAUCUAUUCAACCUAAUAUAUCCUAUCCCGAACCAAGUCCCUCCGUUUCAUGGACACCCAAUGCAAGUGAUGCCGUACCCAAUAUACUGA